GACCUUUGUGAAGGACCAGGAGGUGCUUCCCCACCCAGCAGCAGCAGGCACCCAGCCAGGCUCCCAGCCCAGCCAGGCCACAGUGGUGUGGGCGCCCGGCCCGGCCCCCGGCGGCGGCGCAGGUGCCAGUGCGGGUCGCAGCUUCACCUCCCUUUCUUUUCCGCAGUGCACUAACGGUCACUUGAUGUGCGCUGGCUGUUUUAUCCACCUACUAGCAGAUGCCCGGCUGAAGGAGGAGCAGGCCACGUGCCCCAAUUGCCGCUGCGAGAUCAGCAAGAGCCUCUGCUGCCGCAACCUGGCCGUGGAGAAGGCCGUGAGCGAGCUGCCCUGCGAGUGCGGCUUCUGCCUGCGCCAGUUCCCCCGCGCCCUGCUGCAGCGGCACCAGAGGGAGGAGUGCCAGGACAGAGUUACCCAGUGCAAGUACAAGCGCAUCGGCUGCCCGUGGCACGGCCCCUUCCAUGAGCUGACGGUGCACGAGGCGGCCUGCACGCACCCGGCCAAGACGGGCAGCGAGCUGAUGGAGAUCCUCGACGGGAUGGACCAGAGCCACCGCCAGGAGCUGCAGCUGUACAGCGGCAUCUUCAGCUUGCUCAGCUUCGAGAAGAUUGGCUACACAGAGGUCCAGUUCCGGCCGUACCGCACGGACGACUUCAUCACGCGCCUGUACUACGAGACGCCCCGGUUCACCGUGCUGAACCAGACGUGGGUGCUGAAGGCGCGCGUCAACGACUCGGAGCGCAACCCCAACCUGUCCUGCAAGCGCACGCUCUCCUUCCAGCUGCUGCUCAAGAGCAAGGCCGCCGCCCCGCUCGAGUGCUCCUUCCUGCUGCUCAAGGGCCCCUACGACGACGUGCAGAUCAGCCCCGUCAUCUACCACUUCGUCUUCACCAACGAGAGCAACGAGACCGACUACGUGCCGCUGCCCAUCGUCGACUCCGUGGAGUGCAACAAGCUGCUGGCCGCCAAGAACAUCAACCUGCGGCUCUUCCUCUUCCAGAUCCAGAAGUAGGGCCCUGCCCGCCGCCCGCCGCAGACCCGGGAUGCCGCAUGUGUGUGCGAGCGCGUGAGCACACCCGCCGCCCGCCUCCCGCCCGGGCGGGGCUGGCCACGCAGAGGACACAGGCUCAGGGACACGCGCGGGCUGCCCGGCCUACUGGCCGCCAGCCCCGCGCUGCCCGCUCCAGGCCGCCCAGGCCCCGGGCCGGACUCAGGAGCCUUGCUGACUCAAGACGGCGUAUUUGAUUGCUAUUAAAAAGGCACCCUGUUUCCUACUCUGUCUUGUUGGAGGCGUGGCUGUGAUUGGACGGCGUGGAGCGUGGGUUGGGCUGGGGGGCACAGCCCACCCGCCCCGUCUCUGUCACUGCACCUGCACCCCCAGGAGAGACUCGGACGCCGCCUCUGGUCAUGGCCGGGAGGGGCAUCUCUGCAGCCCAGGGCGCCCCCCUCUCCCCCGGGGGACCUGCCCCAGCCACUCCCAGGGAGGCAGCCGUGGCCACGGGCCUGGCAGGUGUUUUCGGAAAGCAGGGUGAAUUUCUGUCUCUUACCAGGAGAAAAUCAGACUCGCGGGCUCUCCCGUAAGUCACGCAGACUUGGCAAAAGAAACUGUUCUGUCUGCAGCCAGAGCAGCGGCGUCCACAGGCCGAGGAGAGGCCG